AUGGGCUCCAAGGUUGAGGACCGCCCCUCGGUGACCAUCGCGCAGGGCACGGUGGUCGGCACCGUCGUGACGGAGGCCAUCCCGCGGCCGGUCGAGGCCUUCCGCGGCAUCCCGUACGCGCAGCCGCCGACCGGCGACCGCCGGUUCCGGCCCCCGGUGAAGGUGGAACCGUCCACGGCGACGAUCGACGCCUCCAAGUUCGGCGCCGUCGCCCCGGGCAAGCAGCUCUUCCCCGGCGGCCCCAAGUUCGAGUAUAGCGAGGACUGCCUCACGGCCAACGUCUUCCGGCCGCAGGGCGCGGGCAAGAAGGACCUGCUCCCCGUCGGCGUGUACAUCCACGGCGGCGCCUUCAACCGCGGCACCGCCAUGAUGCACAACACGCCCUCGUUCCUCGCCAAUUCCGGCCAGGACCUGGUCGCCGUGUCCUUCAACUACCGCAUCGGCGCCCUCGGCUUCCUCCCCUCGACGACGAGCUACGAGCAGGGCGCCCUCAACCUCGGCCUCAAGGACCAGCUCCUCCUCCUCGAAUGGGUGCGCGACAACAUCGCCGCCUUUGGAGGUGACCCCAACAACGUCACCCUCUUCGGCAUCUCCGCUGGAGCACACUCCAUCGGCCACAUCCUCGUGCACGACGAAGGCCAAUCCGCCCCCCUCUUCCACAAAGCCAUCCUCGAAUCCGGCGCGCCCACCUCCCGCGCCGUCCGCCCCUACAGCGCCCCCAUCCACGAGGCCCAGUUCGCCGAUUUCCUCGCCGCCUGCGCCUGCCCGCCCGGCCUCUCCUCCGCCGACACCUUCGCCUUCCUCCGCGCCGCCCCCACCGAGACCGUCCAGGCCGCCCAGAUCGCCGUCUUCGACAAGUACAACCCCUCCCUCCGCUGGGCCUUCCAGCCCGUCGUCGACGGCGACAUCAUCCCCCGCGCGCCCAUGGAGUCCUGGCGCCUGAACAAGUGGCGCAAGGUCCCCAUCAUGACCGGCUUCAACCGCAACGAGGGCUCCAUCUACAUUAGCAAAAAGGUCGCCCGCUCCGACGAGUUCACCUCCUUCUUCGCCGACCUCCUCCCGCUCCUCUCCGCCGACGACGUCGCCACCAUCGACGCGCUCUACCCGGACCCCCUCACCGUCGCGGACUCGCCGUACAAGGAGCAGCUCGAGGGCACCGGCGCGCAGUACCGCCGGCUCGAGGUCGCGUACGGACAGUACGCCUACGUCGCGCCUGUGCGGCAGACCGCGGAGCUCGCGAGCAAGGCGACCAACGAGCCGGUGUACCUCUACCAGUGGGGGCUCGAGAGCUCGCUGCUGGACCGCGCGCGGCACGGCGAGAACAUGUACUACGAGACGUGCGAGCCGAACCGGACGGGCAUCUCGGCGGCGCAGAAGGAGCUGUGCCUGACGUACAACGCAUACAUCACGAGCUUCAUCGCGACGGGCGAUCCGAACGCGGUGAGGGGGUCUGCGCCGGAGAGGCCCGCGUGGGAGCGGUAUAGUGCGGAGGGGACGCCGAAGGCGAUGGUGUUUGGGGAGGAGAACAAGGAGCUGAUUGGGGGUGCGGCGGGCGUGCCGGCGAGGUUGCAUGAUGAUACCUGGGCGAGGAAGGAGUCUGAGUUUUGGUGGAGUAAGGUGGAUGUGUCGCAGCAGUAG